AUGACUUUGUCGCCGCUUUCAGACCCUAUCAAAGACGAUGACAAAGCCAACCGGCAGUCGACGUUGCACGGCCUUAUCGCAGAAGAUGCUGUUAAACCCGGUGGCGGGAAACCCGAAAAUGCGCUGAGUGUUCAUCGUGGGCCGAUACGAGUGCCCUCCCCGGACCCGUCUGUGUUGUCAAUGGAUGAUUCGAAUAACAUUCGCUAUGCAAGGACUUUGAAUUUCGAACCUUUGAGACAGGGGGGAUUCCAGACUUUGCAGCAUCGGGCCAAGGUGCGGACCUGGAGAGAAAGUGUCCAUGGGUUUUGGCUAGCGAACAAGGGUCUGGCUCUUGUUUUGAUAUCACAGUUCUUUGGGACGCUGAUGAAUGUUACUGCGCGUAUGCUGGAGAUGGAGGGAAAUAAUGGCAAGGGCUACCAUCCCUUUCAGAUUCUCUUUGCUCGAAUGAGCAUCACCUCGAUAGCCUCUUCAUACUACAUGUGGUACAAAAAGACGGAACACUUUCCCUUUGGCAUGAGAGAAGUACGCUCGCUCCUUGUCGCUCGAGGUCUCCUUGGAUUCUUUGGUGUCUUUGGGAUGUACUACUCCCUCCUCUACCUCCCCCUCGCAGACGCAACCGUAAUAACCUUCCUGGCCCCCUCGCUCGCCUGCUGGGCAUGUUCCUACCUCAUCGCCGAACCCUUUACCCGCAUGGAGCAAAUCGCCGCCUACAUCUCCCUCUUCGGCGUCAUCCUCAUCGCCCGCCCCUUCUCCUUCUUCACCGCAAUCUCCCACCCCAUACCCUCCGCCAGCGAAGACGCCACCUCCCCCUCAAACACGACUGCAGUUCCACCCGACAGACUUGCAGCAGACUACGACGCCGUGACGCCCAUGCAGCGCGCUACCGCAGUCGGCAUAGCCAUGCUCGGUGUUGUUGGGGCUGCUGGGGCAUACACGACGAUUCGCUGGAUAGGCAAGAGGGCGCAUCCGCUCAUCUCGGUCAACUAUUUUGCAGUGUGGUGUACACUCGUUAGUAUCGUUGCCAUGCUCAGUCUUCCAGGCGUGGGCUUCUUGCUCCCCCGCUCGCUGAAGGAUUGGUGUUAUCUCGUGUUUCUGGGUCUGUGUGGCUUCAUCAUGCAAUUCCUCCUAGCCGCAGGCCUCCAGUACGAAAAAUCCUCCCGUGCAACAAAUAUGGUGUACAUGCAGAUGCUCUUCGCCCUCACCUUUGACAAACUCAUCUGGGGCACGACACCAGGUACGCUUUCCAUCAUCGGGUCCUCGCUGAUCCUCGGGUCGGCAAUCUACGUCGCUAUGAAUAAGGAGCAGCCGCGGGAGAAGGCGGAGGCGAGGCGUCGCGGGGAUGCAGGUGGAGAUGGGGAUGAGGAAGUGGGGUUGAUAGGUGGAGAAGAAGAAGAGGAGGAGGAGGGUGAGGAAAUUGGCAUGAGGCCGUUGACGUGA